CCCAAAUUCACUUUGAAAAACCGAUGACGUACGCACCCCUCCUUUGUAGGGAUCCUCUACAUCCAACGGCUUUUGACUCAUCCACGUGUCCACCUCCUACCAUCUAGACCGUCCGUGCCAGAAAUCCCGGUCACCGACCCCAGACAGCAAACAAACUCCUACUCACUGUCGGAUCAACAAUCCAACUAAAAUCUACGGUCCAAGACCUGCCCGUAAAUUUCACGGGCAGAUCUCAUCGCCUUUAAGAGGCCUCCCCCUCCCCCUCUCAUUACUCGCUCAAUCCAUCCAAACCCUAGCCUUAUACACAAGUCCGCCCCUUUUGUGGCAAUCCUUAAACUUUUUUUUUUCUCUCUCCCUUGUUUGAGCAAACCCAGCUGGUAGAUCUCUGUGCGGGUGGCCGGCGGUCGGAGAACGCUGACUGAAGGGCGAUCUUUCUACAAUCGGAAGCUGGAUCGGGCGCGUGGAGCGUACGCUCUUGUAGAUACAUGAUUUUCGCAACAAUUCGAAGAGAUCAAAUCCACCGGAGAAUCGCCGUACGCCGGUGCAAUUCAUGGCCUCCGCUGUGUUAGCAAGCGGCAAUGAAUCGAGCUGGGCACAAUCUGGCAGCGGAUUCAUGAUGGGGAAAUUACCUUACUUGAGCCCUAACCCUAACCCCAAAAAGAAGCAGAAGCAAUUUCACCAAUCAGCCAACGGCGGCCGUAAGAACCACGAUUUCUCUCCGGCCGUUACGCAGACGGCGUCUGACGACGCUUACUCCUUCAAUCAGAAGCCGAUUGCAGAUGUCCAUCGGAACGGAUUCAACCAUGUCGAAUACAUGACGUACAACGUCGCUUCCCUCACCAAAAUCCAGUUGGCGGAGCUGAGGAAAAGGCUUGCGUCGGAGCUAGAACAGGUUCGGAACCUGAGGGAUCGAAUCCACUCAAGUCAAUUUAGCGGCGGAAAUCCCAAUAAUCUCAAAUCGAAACCUAAGAAGCCCACAGGCAUUACCAAAAGGCCAAUUUCCUCUGGCUCAGGAUCCAAUAAAGACGCCAAGAGAUUUACCAAUGGAAUCGAUAAGGUUUCAAUUGGAAACGGUGGUGGUCAUAACGUUGAUAAUGAGGCCCUGACUGAAUGCGGUAAGAUACUGACCAAGCUUAUGAGGCACAAGUUCUGCCGGAUAUUCAAUACCCCUGUCGAUGCAAAAGCCCUAGGGCUUCAUGACUACCACCAGAUUGUUAAGCGCCCAAUGGAUUUAGGCACUGUCAAAUCCAAUUUGUUGAAAAGUUUGUAUCUUUCGCCUGCUGAAUUUGCUGCAGACGUGAGAUUGACUUUUGAUAAUGCCUUGUUGUAUAACCCUAAAACAGAUCAAGUCCAUGGCUGGGCUGAGUUUCUGUAUGCAAAAUUUGAGGAGAUGUUUAAGCCUAUCCAUGAUAGAAUCGCUAGUGAGAGGAUAGAGGUCCUUGCUGGUGGAGGUGGCAGCGGUGGGUUUGGUGGAUUGGCUGAGGAAUUGCAAGGCAGUUCUUGGAACCACAUUCCUACUCCUGAGAGACCGAAGAAGCAGAAAACAAUCCCUACUCUUAAUCAGACUCAUUCUACUGCAUCCACGCCAUCUAAUCCUCCACCACCUGUAAUUGCACAGGAAGUUCAUUCUCCUGUCCCCACUCCAUCUCCAGUGAGGGCGGCUCCUGUAAUUCCCCAACCGGGGGUGAGGGGAACAGUCGGGAAGCAGCCAAAACCAAGGGCUAGGGAUACCAAUAAGAGGGACAUGAGUAUUGAGGAAAAGCAUAAACUUGGAGUUGGGCUGCAGAGCUUGCCUCAGGAGAAGAUGCCUCAGCUUUUGCAGAUUAUACGGAAGCGGAAUGAGCAAUUGGCACAGGAAGGUGAUGAGAUUGAGCUGGACAUUGAAGCCCUUGAUACUGAGACACUUUGGGAGCUUGAUCGGUUUGUUACUAACUGGAAGAAGAUGGUCAGCAAAACUAAGAGGCAGGCUCUGAUGAAUAAUAACAACACUCCAGCGGCUCAGCCUAGUAAUUCUAAUGUUGAAGCUGAAGGCGAUGGGGGCGAUGCUAGUGAUAGAAAUGACUCAGCAAAGAAGCCUAGAAAGGGCGAUGCUGGAGAUGAGGAUGUGGAGAUUGACGAUGAUAUGCCCGACACAAGCUUUCCUCCUGUGGAGAUCGAGAAAGAUGAAGGCGGUGUCCAAGAUCAUGGCAACAAUGCCAGUAGUAGUUCAAGCAGUUCCGGCAGCUCAAGCAGUGAAUCGUCUUCUUCUAGUGGUACAGAUUCUUGUGUUACUUUUUAGGUUGACAGCCAAAUUUGGAUUGUUUGUAUAGGAUGCUUAUAAGUUCGAGGUUCUUUACACAGAUUCAGAUUCAGGUAGUUCCUCUGGAAGUGAUUCAGAUGCGGAUGAUGCGCAAUCUUGACACUGGUUGUUGAGGCCUUUCUGCUGAUUUUUACAAUUGGUGCUCUCCGUUGGCUUUUGUCCCUUCUGCAUUGGUUAUUUCACGAGAAGGUAUAUGUCCCCUGUGACUUCUGAUGGAAUGGAUACUGUACCAUUGAUCAUCCCUAUGGAGUUCAUACAUUAGCUUCAGCUAAAGUGGUAUGAUGAUCUUUCCUUUGCAGAGUUGGGAACAACUGAACACAUGUUGCCGGCUGUUGCAGUUGGGAGAGGCGUGCCUUUAGCCAUUAGGUGCAGAAUAUUGGGGGAAAUGGGGAAAUCUGUUUGUAGUUGUGACUUUGAAGUCUUUUUAACUUUAAUUUUCAGAUAGGAGUUGGGUUUGGGGAUUAGGUUUGGUCCCCCAACGGCUGUUAGGAGAUAGGGAGAUCAGAUAUGUAGAUAGAUAGUUGAGAGAGAGAGACACCUGUGUACAGUUCUUACCGUAGCUAAAAAUAUCAUAGCUUGAUUUUUUCCCCCAUCUUUUGCUUCCUUUUUUGGUUGUGGGGUUAAGAAGAUAUUUUGUGCGUUUUACAAUUAAAUCUCCGUGGUUUUUUUGUGUCUUCUGAUCAUUUAAGUGCCUUGUAGAGCACUGCCUCAAGGAGAACAUGUCUGCGGUAAGUCAUUUAAGAAAUCAGAUUUGGACAAUGCUGAAGUGACAUUGAGAUAAUGUCCCUCUCAAUUAGAUAACUGUUGCGUAGAGUUAUUUGGUUGGAAUACUGGGGAGCUUCGAACUUACUAGAUUGUAGCCAGCAGUACUUACUAAGAAAGUGCAAAUUACCUUGUUUAUUCUGACUGGAAACUGGAAACUUCUAUCUCAUGGGGAAAUACUGUUUGAUCGAAGAUGCAGUGGCGGAACCAGCCCAGCCAAAUAUUUACGGGUUGAGUACAUAUAAAUUUUUUUCCUGAUUUAAAAUGUGUGCCGACCACCCUCGCUCCGGUUCCGUCCCUGCGAAGAUGGGUUCUGUAUAUAUAAUGCAAGUUUUCCUUUCCUCCAUAUUUUAUAAGGUGUCCGUUUCGACAACGACUAAAUGUGUUAAUAUUACCUGACUCUGAAAGUUUAGAGGGGAAUCUUUAUUCUGAGGAGAAAAAGUAGAAAAGACAGUCGAAGAGGCCUUUUGUUUGUAUCACAAGAAUUGGUAAAAUACUGGUUUAAUUACUUACUCAAAGGAGUCGGUCAAGAACCAUUGUCAUUAUUCCCGUAACAUCCUAAUUUUGUAAACACAAGUGGUUGGCCAAGAAAAUAGCCACAAUUUAGAUACAAAGGUUGA